UUCCUCCUCGCACUCCGGGAGGAUCAUUUGCGGAGCGGCGAAGUUGCCUGUAGGUUUUUGUUUUGUUUUGUUGUUUUUUUAAAUUUAUUUAUUUAUUUUUUUAGGAUUCAUAUACGGUCCUGCAUCGCGUCCGGAUGUUCGUGUGGAUGUGGAGGCAGACGAGAUGAUGCCAUGAAUGAGCAGCAGUGAGGGCGCAAAGUUAACUAUCAGAAGCUUGUAAACCUGACAUGUGUAUACCCAGUGAGACAGUAACCUGAGACCCCAUCCCGAGGGAACAGCAGGAUGCGUCCCAUUGCCUCGAAGCUUUUAGCCAAGACCUGUGUUGGAGGCAGCCAUUUGAACCCUGCAACUGCCGCCUUGCUGCUCUCCCUGUGUCUUGGCUUCCCUCCCUCUAUGGCCACUUGCCCACCCUACUGCCUUUGUGCCAGUGAUAUAAUUUCCUGCAGCGGGUGCAAUCUGUCUGCUCUGCCCUCUGAUCUCCCAGGCUAUGCCACACGGUUGGACCUGAGCCACAAUGCCCUCACUGUCCUGCCUGUGGACUGGAUUUCCCGGCCGUUUGAACGCCUUGCUACUCUGAUUCUCAGCCGAAACUCUGUUAGCCAAAUUGAAGUGAACACCUUUACUGUGACACCACAUCUCCUCCACCUGGACCUUUCUUCUAACCAACUAACAGUGCUGAACUCGUCCAUCUUCACUGGCUUGAAGGAACUGAAAGAGCUGCUGCUGUUUGGCAACCAGAUCAUCCAGAUUAACCCAGGGGCCUUCAGCGAUCUUCUCAGCCUGCAGAGGCUCUACCUUUCUGGGAAUAGACUGACGGCUUUCCCCCUGGGGCUUUAUUGGGAACCUGGAGGGCCUCGUAAUCUGACCUUUCUCGAUCUGUCAUACAACAAGCUCUCCAAAGUGCCCGUCCAGAGCCUGCUGUCUCUCACCCGGCAAGGUGGAAUUUAUUUGCAGGAAAACCCUUUGGCCUGUGACUGCGCUUUAAUCGCCUUGCUGGAGUACUGGAUGUGGAAACAGUAUCGCCCCCUGGUGGACUUCCGUAGUGAAUACCCAUGUAGAGACAAUUUGGAACCAGAAUGUAGCCAGCCAGUAGUGUCAAAUAUGCCGCUUGAGGCACAGACAUACCAAGUAGAGCCUGGUAAAUGGCUAAGAGUGCCAUGUCCAGGGUUGGCAUCCCAAGCCCAGGAGGAGCAGUGGGUGUUCUGGGUUACCCCAAAGACUGUGGUGAAUUCAUCAACCAAUGAUUCGAGUGCCCACCUAACAGUUUCCCCCAAUGGCACUCUUGAAAUCAGAGGAGCCCUGAUAGAGGAUUCUGGUGUGUAUGGGUGCGUGGCAGCCCGCGGGCGCCAAUAUGACCCCAAAGAGUCUGUGGAGGUCAAUGUGGUUGUUGGAAACUUAAGCACUGCCUCCGCCAGUGGCUUGCCACACAGCAGUGGUGCCGAGCAUUUUAACACAGCGUUCACCACCCUGGCUUCCUGUGUGGUCAGCAUCAUACUGGUGCUGCUCUACCUCUACCUCACUCCCUGCAGAUGCCGUGAAAACCGAGGAUCGAGAGGGUGCGGCGGACGAGCCAUUACCCUCUGUUCAGACCCCAGAGAGGUAGAGUCGGGUCAGCGGCGGUCAAACGGAAAGAGGGUGGCUUUCUUAGAGCCUCAGGCAGAGCACUCUGAUAUUGGCGGUCCAAAAACACCAGCAAUGAAUUUAGGUCAUGUUACCACUGAGGGAAUUCUCAAGAAUGGAAGUAGGACAGUAGGACAGACCUUCACAGACCCUGCUCACAUGGCAUAGCAAGGAAAUGACCUUUUACAAAUUCCUGUAUUCUAACAGCCUAAACCCAAGUGUUUUGUUUUCACUGUCUUGUUUCAGUACACAAUGAGAAAAUCCAUUUGAUGUGAACUAGUGUGCUAUGAUUCUGUUAAGUAGUUAUGCACUGUAGGUUUUGGGUGUUUGGUCUGAUGCAGAAAAUGCAGUCCUUUUGUAGGCAGCAUUUCAAUUAUGUCUCGACUGUAAGUGGUGUCUGUUUUUUACAUUAAGAGUUCAUAUUUCACUGUUACCACGAGAAAUUGUUAUUGCAGAGAUCACAAAGAUCAUAUAAACGUGGGUGGUGUUUUAAAUUGGACUGAGAGGAAUAUUCACACUGGAUUUGAUAGGACGCUAGAUGCAUUCAUGGUCAUUAUACAGUAUGUGCAUUGUGAAUACUGGCAUCACAGUGACCCCUGUUAUUUUUAACCACCUGUCUUGUACUGUGCAGCGUUAUCAUUUUCAAAACAUGUCGGUACUAUGUGUGAAAUUAUCUGUACACGCCCUCUUCGAAUUGUGUAAAUCAAACAUAACCCUGUGAAUGUUCUUUUCUCAAAAGCAGAGCAAUACUACAACGUGUGACAUAGAGUAGCCUGUUGUGUUGCUUUUAGGUGGAAACCUACAAAAUGUUUACUUUGCCCUUAGAAAUGCAGAUUUGUGUUUACUCUGACAAAAAUGCAUUCAGAGAACUUAAAUGUAAUUCUCUUUAAAAAAAAAAGGGUCAUUUAUUAAAAUUGCAAAUGCACUUUUUUCUUUCUUUUACCCACACUUUUUAUAAAUUGAAAUUUAAGGUUUUUUCCAAAGACUUUCCAGGGCCAAUUCCCUCAAAUUCAAGGACCCAGCAUGGCUUCAUUUGAGAAACAGAUCAGAGGUAAUUCCUGUUAUAACAGUGAGAAUUUUUAUAUUAAGACCUAUAACCGAUUUCACAGAGGCUCACAGACAUCAAUUAAAAAUAGCCCAUUUACUAAUGUAACUUAAAACAAGUAUUAGUUGCUUAGAUUUUAAGAUUUCAGUCUGUCUCCACUUCAAUACAAUGGAGGUGAAUGGAAUUUUGUUUGAGUUGUCCAAAGCACUGAAAAUUCUAAUUAAAGCUGCAUUAACCAACACUUUUUUUAACCAACUAACAAUGAGUCAAAUGACUUUUUGUAAUCUGAAAAGGGUUACUUGAAGUGAGGGACAAACUAAUAACUAUAACCCACUUUGUGCUAUUCGUCUCCAGGAUGUGGUGUAGGCAGUUGAGCACUAAUAAAACUAUUGUACACUAGCUGCUCAACACCAUAUGGCAAAGCAUUCGGCAGUUAAAACCCAGAUAUUUCUCGGAGGAAAAAUUAAGCUAAAAGGAGAGUGAACAUUUUAGUUUAGUAUAUUCACUAGUAGAAACCUGACCUAAAUGAAUGCUAGCGGUGCUUUGUGUCUGCUGGAUGUACGUAGGCAACAGUUUGCUAUCACAUUUGGCAUGUUAACUUUAUCAGAUGAUAUCACUAUUGUUGUUUACAGCUUGUUUCACUGCCCUCAGCUGGCUAAACAAAUCUAGUAAUAAUGCUUUAAAACAUAGAAUUCAGAUCAUGAUACACUGUCUGGCAAAAGCCAUAGACUGUAUAAAGUAAUGGUCGAAGCCACCAUGACAUCACCCAUUAGUUUGUGGACUCUGUGCUAGUUGCUAGCUUGGUUAGCAUGGUGCAUUUACAGCUAUGGUGUAUUGUGAUAAUACUAAUCUUAUUGCUAAUUUUUACUAGCAGAAGACAUGCUUGAAACAAUUAAAACAAAAUGGAAGGUACUUAUUGGAAAAACUGAACAUCUGACUGCUUAUAGGUUCUUUUCGUACAAUCAGAUACUGUACAAGACUUUUUAAAACAACCAAAAUGUUACUGUUAAUUUUCAUUAACUAAAAAACACUGAAAUAGCAACAGCUAUCACUACCUGUCCUCUGUGAAUCAAGGAUUACGCCAUUGUAGCAACAUGUCAAAGGAUGGCACUCACCUGCCACUCACAGCGGCCACGCCCUAAUAACAUUUAAACAGGUGAGUUAUACAAAAAUUCAGCCCCGUACACUUGUCAUGACUGGGGAAAUUAGCUACAGAGACCAAACUUGAUUUUUGGUGUCAGGCUGUAAACAUGUUUAUUUGUGCUGUUAAGUUGGGCAUUUUAACAUGGAGGUCUACUGGGACUGAUUUUGUCUCGGAGCCGGACUCUAGUGGCCAUUAGAGGAACUGCAGUUCUUGUCAUUUUGCGUUAGCUUUGUGUUUCAGCCAUGGAGGCUGCUGCUUGGCUAUAACAGUAGACGAUAUUCUUGCUGCUGUUGGCCGUGCGUGUUGUGGAUUAUCAAGGAUAACAUGGGCACAUGUUGCUGUUGAAAUUUUUGAUUCCAUUUUUCAGUGCUGUGAGACCACAUAUAAAAUUUCAUUGAACUUCAUUGUAUUAGGGUGAAUUAAAAUCUUUAUGGCUAGAUACCACUUGACUACACUGAUCAUUUAAUCCAAUAGAUGAACAUGAAAUAUCAUGCCCAUAUCAGGUGUGAGGUAUUCACAUGGCAGCAACUACUGUACUGUUUAACUAAUGUAAUUUGAGAACUAUAUCAAAAAAGUAAUAUCUGUUGAAAAUUAAGUCCACAGUUCCAUAGAGUUGUCACAGUUCCUGUCUAGACCAGCCCACCUGGAGCUGGUUUGGAUUGACCCUCAAGCAGGCUGGACAUUUGUCAACCUGAUGUCUGUCCAUCCUGUCAAAAAAUUGACUUCUCUGCUCACCCUCAUUACACUGACCUACAACUUUACAAAUGGCAGAUUCACACAGGAAUUGAUCUUAAUCAGUUCAGACAGGAGGCGAGUUUGGGCUUGGAGAUGAGGCCCCAGUCAGGCCAUAUUAGUAUCACAGAAACCCGAAAAGGGUUUGCCAGCUUGCCCCGAGCCCACCAUGACCCACAUUCCUCUGUCCUUCCUCUGUCUGAUUGUUUUUUAGGUGUGUGGAAUCAUUUUCAAGGUGCCAGAAGUUUCCUUGGCCACACACGUCCAUGAUACCACUGUCUGAAUAUUAACUUCUUACGUGUUUCUGUUCUGUUAAAAGGGUGACUUUAGAGAAGAGCAAUGGAGAGCAAGCCUUGUCACGACUACAGUG